CAAUGAAAGGGGUCUGAAAUGGAAUUGGAAAUAUUUGAAAAUGCUUUGAUCGUAAAAUCCAGACGUCCAAAAAAAGUCCAGAGGACUUGGUUCAGCCCUGGGGGGGUACAGGAAGUUGUAGCUGCCAUGUUUAGCUGCUUUGUUGUAGAUCCCUUGUAGGUUUCCUGCAGAUUUUAGCCUAAGUGUUGCAAUGGAACCGAGCUGGAGUACGUUUUUAUUCCAACAGGCCAAUGAGGCUCUGCAUCACCAGCACCAAAUAGCCGGGAACAGCCUCUUGCCUUUGCUCAGUUCUGGAACUGAACCACCUGAUCAGAAACCGGUGCUGCCCAUUCCCUUGGACCAGAAACCCCCUGUAAGUGCUGCAGAACUUCUUAAAGACAAUGUGGCAAGUGGCACUGGGGGGUUAGGUGGUGGGGGUCCGCUAGUUGCUGUGGUAAAAAAGGAGCCUAAAUCAAAGACGCCCUUCAUCUGUGGCUACUGCAACAAGGCUUUCCGGGACAGCUACCACCUCCGACGGCACGAGUCUUGCCACACUGGCAUUAAGAUGGUUUCGCGGCCUAAGAAGACACAAACGGCCCCCACCAUGGUGCCGCUCAUAUCCACUGUACCACGAGAGAACAGUGGAAACCCUUCAUACAUUACUACUGUAGCUGGUAUCCUGACUACAGCCACCACGUCCACGUCCACAGGCACCAGCAUCAUGACCCCAAUGCAACACCAACAGCAGCAGAGCAUUCCUAAGAAACCCCCCAAACCAGUGAAAAAGAAUCACGGUUGCGAUAUGUGUGGUAAGGCCUUCAGAGAUGUGUACCACCUCAACCGCCACAAGCUGUCGCACUCUGAUGAGAAGCCGUUUGAGUGUCCCAUCUGCCAGCAGAGGUUUAAGAGGAAGGAUCGCAUGACAUACCAUGUCCGCUCCCAUGAUGGUGGAGUUCACAAGCCUUACAUCUGUUCUGUCUGUGGGAAGGGCUUUUCCAGACCUGAUCACCUAAGCUGUCAUGUCAAGCAUGUCCAUUCCUCAGAGAGGCCAUUUAAGUGCCAAGUAACGGCCUGUACCUCCGCCUUCGCUACCAAAGACCGUCUGCGCUCCCACAUGAUCAGGCAUGAAGGCAAAGUGACCUGCAACAUCUGUGGCAAAAUGCUAAGCGCCGCCUACAUCACAAGUCACCUCAAGACGCAUGGCCAGGCCAGCUUCAGCAACCCAUGUAACAACAAAGGCAUAAGUGACUGGCAGUGGAACCACUCGGGGCCACGAAAAGGUGAGUUGACGGUAGGAGAGAUUUUAAAUAACUCCUUUCAAGUCCUAAUUGACAACUCUCACAAAGAUGCCAACUCUGUGCACAACAACUCGGCCACUACGGCGGCGGUCGCCAACGCGGCAGCAAUAACCUCGGCCAUGAACCGCGGUGGCAUUGCCAGCAAUCCCGUCACCAUCGCUGCUCAGAUGAACAUCGGCACCAGUACGGUCAACAUCACGUCACAGGUCAACCUGCAGCACCCUGUCACCAUCACUGGGCCUGUGAACCUGGCCUCCAUCAACAUCCCUACAACGGCACACAUGAAUAUCGGCCACCCGGUGGCCAUCACCACUCCCAUGUCCAUGAAUAUCACCGGGCCACUCAACAUUGCCAUGAGGUCCAUGGAGAGCAUGCCUUUUCUAUCCCAAGUUCUGCCUUCCUCCCCUCCUUGGUAGAGCUUCUUGGUCUGUAAAAGCCGAUAAUGUUUUAACUGCCUAAUAAUAGAUGAGCCGCUCAAAUCUUCGUAAAACUGCCCGCUUGAUGGUGUGUUAAACUUGAAAAGGUGAUGACAUAUGUAAUUCACCCACAUAGAUGGUAACCAAUGAUUGUUCCUUGCAGGAGUAAUUAUUUUCUGCAUAAUUUGUCAUUUUUUUUAUUUUGGUUGUAUUUAUAGGAGAAAAAAUAUUUCCGAUAUCUGUAAUCAUGAUAGAAACCUAAUAGUUGUGAGUGCUUACAGCCACUCAUUGCAGAGUAUUAGCCAACAUACUGAGAAGUCAUGGGGAUAGGGAUGGGUAACAUGGAUACACCUGUCUUAUAGUAUGAGUUUUAUUUUACUUUAGAUAUUGUAAUAUAGGACAUUUCUAGAAAUGUAUUAGAGAACGGUUUUAUUGAUACCAGAUGAGACUUUCUGUUCUUGGCUAACCCAGUGAAUUAAUUACUUGACAAAUCAAGGUACUUCAUCACAUUGAUGCAACAAUUCUGUAAAUCUAAUAUUACCAUAAAGCAGUCUUGCUCAGAGAUAUGUGACAUUGCCCACACACCAAAAUGAAGAGAUACCUCAGUGUAAACAGCAAGGCAACAUUUCACACAUGGCAAGUCAUUGUCGUCUAUAUUCUAAUCCACUGUGUUACUCAGCACCAUAGUUUGUUGUGUUGGUCAAGUCUUUUUCAAUCCUACUCGCUGGGUUUUUGAGGGCAACACUUUGACAACAAAGAUCAUAACUUCAUUCAUUUUUCCCCGUUACAACCACAUUUCAGAUCUAGAGCUGUCGAUGCGUGAUCUGAGUACGGAAGAUCUUAGUUCUACCAUUGUGUCUGUUCACAGAUAUUCUGUGUACAUAAUAUUUUAUGCCAAAGAUUUUCUAAGUAUCGUGUUGUCCCCUAAAUGCUAUAUUUUAAAAGAUAAGGGGAACACCUUUUAAAUGGCAUUUGGACCAUCAUAGGACACUUAAACUCUCCUUUUAGACACCCAGAGUAAUGGAAUUGGUGCCUCAGGUGGGGCUGUCUGACUAAUCUUUCAUCAAAAGCCAACAAUACCCAUUAUAUUAUUGCAAUAAUUAUCCUUUUUUUAAAUAUGUAUUGAUGUGUAUAUUAAUGUUAAAUUGUUGGCAUUUCUAAUAAUACACAGGAACACUUUUCAUUACACUUUCAAACCAAAAGAGUAUUUGCUUCCACUUUGGUGUAAAAUUAUUGGGCAGUUAAUACAAUACCAGCUGCUGCAUUGUCACCAUGUUUUAAAAUGUUUUCCCCCCAUUUUUUCAAAGUAGGGUAGUUUGUUUUAUGAUGGCAGAUCGUUGCAGCAGCGUUGGCCUUAAACACAAAAUAUGCUUUGGAGAGGCGACCCCUUUUUAGAGCCUAUUCCAGAACGUUCAUCUCCAUUUAGCUGCUGAAGGACAGUUGAUCUCGUGCCACUUCAACAUCUCUUCAACUGGGCAUCCGACUUCAAAUCUGGGAGUUAUGUGAGACCUUAUAGACCUUUAGGCUUUGUAAACUACUCUUUGAUUUGAAGUGUGUUGCCAGAGUUCUCUUAAAUGCUUCCCUCUUUAGGCAAAUUGUGUUUCAUUUUAGGUGACUUAUCAGUAUUUGAUUGUUUAUGUAUUUUAAGGUUUAAUGGCAAAAUACAAAGCUUCCAUUUGGAAAGAGUGAGUGAGUCCCCCGAUGUCUUUGUUUUAAAAUACCAGUCAGUCCUCACGGGUUUCUGUCACACCCGUUUGAGAUGUCUUGUAAUGUAUUUAUAUCAUGACAGUUGAAGGUUCAGCUAAGAGGAAACGUCUCAUACUGAAAGCAUGUCCCUUACGAUUUGCCCUUAAAAUAGCAGUAUUAUUUAAAGGUCAAAUAAUCUGACAUUUUGAUUACUGAGGACUUUUUAACUGUAGAGGUCAAGAGAGCUGCCCAGUGGCCCAGUAGAACCUGUACUACAAACCAGUCUCAACGUUAACCUGUGGUAUGUUUAGCUGGUUAGAUUGUUUACUUUAGCAAGUAUAGGAUCUCCAUCACUGUCAGGCAAACUCAGGAAGGUUACUGAGAAUCGUCUUUUAAAACCAUGUUCAGCUGUUCACACACUGGUCAUUUCUUUGUAAAUAUGAAACACUAUAUUAUUGCCUUUUACCUGGGGGAGAGGGAACUUAUCUACUUACCAUAGGCUAGCAAUGCGAGAACUAUAUCACCACUGAUGUGGCCGUCCAUCUGAGACUAGUUAACGGUUAAGGCUUGUGUCGCGUUAAGUUAUUAACUAACUACUAACUAAAAUCUGUGUAGCUACAGUUUGACACACCAUAUGCCUCCAAUACCAUAGAACUCUAUUGUUUUCCCAAAACAAUUGAAAACGCAUUUAGGAGCCAUACCAUUGGAUUGACAGGCGUGUUCAAUGACAUGAGCACUGAGUGUAGUUGGUUCCUGUCCUCUGCCCCUCAGAGGCUCUGACUUUGAGGGUUCACAGUGCUGCUGGUCUUCUCAUUGAAGGAACACGUCACCCAGUGCAGCGGCAUGGCUCUUGUUUUUAUUUUUACUACCUUUUGAAAAACACUUGUUAGCAAUAUCCGAUUAUGUCCCAGGGUUCCCUGGUGGCGUGCGUCUUGAGGAACACGAGUGAACUAGUUUGUAAAUGUGACACCUGUUUGUAGUUAAGGGACUUUCGUCCGUGCAGGAACUCUGAAGCACUUGCAGCAGCUGUAGGAUGUGCACACUACAGAAGGGGCAUUUCAACUGGGUGGAAAGAUGUUUGGCCCCUUAGUUUCAUUGUAUGCAACACGGUCCACCAAGGGAAAUGAAAUGUUCUAAUGUGUAAUGGCAUUAUGAGCUUGGAAGCUGAUUAAUUUACCAUCUGUACUUUUUUUUUUAUGUUACAUGUAGAUGACUGAGCUUGUCCAGUGUAGGUUUGAGUUCAAAACCCAUUAUUAGAAGGCUAGUGACUUUUUAUGAAAACAAAACACUAAAAAAAAUUAGGAUGAAAGGAAGUGUGUGAUGUCAUUUGUCCUUGUCCAGUUGCCGUAAACAAGUGUGCCUGAAACGUUUUCGCGAGACUUUUCCACCUGUUGACGCUUCCUCCUCUAGAUGUGCUGUGAGGGAACCGUUCAGUCUGGCAACCAAACUCUGUUGUGCUUGGUUCAUUAUUGUUUUAACCUGAUGAGUGUGAAGCUAUUCUACUUCAAGAACAACCUGAAACCUGAAUGGAGGUUUUUAUUUGGGUCACGGUCGUAUAGACGUAUUUUAUUUUUUAUUUUUACUCCAACCUAAUGUGAAAAACAUUAUUUGGCCAAAUAAUAUAGAAGAUUUUUUUAUUUUUGUUCCCCCUGUGAAGUUUGUAUGAUUAAUUUGGCAGAUGUGAAGGCAAAUGAAUGUAUAUCUUUGUACAAACCAUUUAGUUCGAGGACGUGUUAGUUAUGACAGACACAUGCAAGAAAAGAAUAACCUUUUAUAAAUCUUUUUGUAUUAGAACAUUAACAAUGGUAAUUUUUGUAUAUACGAAGGCUAGGCUUUCUGAUUAGCAGAAAGGUAAAACAUUCCUACAUUUUUUUUAAAUGUAUGUCCAUUGAGAAUAAUUAUGUAAAGAUACGUGCAAGGUUUUAUGUGCCUUUUAUUUGGGUUUGUCUAAAUAAAAGAAAACAAUAAAGCAUGAUUUUGGACUGUCCAUGCUGAGUCCCACAGAGGAGAGUCAAUCCUCUCCAUCUCAGCUGAAUCUCUGGACCGCCUCCCCUGCACUCAAGACACUCCCCUAGAUCAGGAGAGAGUACUCCUUUCUGGUUUUAGUUGCGUAUCCUGGCUUUAGUCAAGGUUUCUGGGGGGCUGAGAUGGUUGCUAAAGCCCCCGGUCUUUAUGGAUGUGUCUGAUCUCCAGACUCCUCAGUGUCUUCACCGGCUCACUGGCUCAGUUGGCCUGCUCAUGAUGAAAGUGCCUCUGUGACUUUGCUUAUCGGAGUGGAUUGUGGGGGAUUUUGUGCCAAACCAUGGUCUGUAUGUGACGACAAAAACAUUUCGGUGUUUUUUUCAUUCUUUAACUAUUAAACUUGGAAAAUGUGACGGGCUGUGUGAAGUGUGUUGUUUGACAUUCAGUGGUUAACUGACACCUGAAUGAGCAAAGAUGUGAUGCUGUACAAUGUAAAGGGAUCCAGUUGACGGAGCUCCUUUUCCACAUGCUGGUGUCGGUUUGGUCCCUUCAUUCCAGAAAAGACAAACGUUUAAUGCCGUAGCAUGAAAUGACAUAUUGGGCAAUAGUGUGUCUCCAUUGUGGGAGUGACCUUUUCCUGUUCCCACUUGCCUGCACAAAACCCGGUCCAUGAAGAAACCUUUUUCCCAUUUGUGAGGAAGAACUUGAUUGUCCUGCUGGGAGCCCGGCCUCAACCCCAUCCAGCGCCUGUGGGAUGAACUGGACCUGAUCAGAUGGUUUUCACCAGUUAGUGAAACAUUGAAUACAAAGAAGCAGAAUGCU